CAGUUCAACAUUAUCUUUGUUUACAUCAUUUCACCAUACAGAAAACCAUACAAUACAUUGAAUGUAUCUCCCUGUGUAAUAGAGGAACUUCAGAAGAACAUAACUGUCUGCCUGUAGUCCUAUGAAGAUGCAGGACAUUCCUAUAAUUGGAGGACACUUCUUCAUUUUAUGAAGCAUUACAAUACAUAAAAUUUGAACAGAAUAACAGAAAAUGCAUAUUUCCAUGGCAUUUAUAUGGAUACUGUGGCACUAUUUUCGUUCACAUUGGUGCUGCAAAUUUAACGGGCUUGAAUACAACUUGGUAAAAAACCUGUCACUGAGUAUCAGGAACAAAGAAGGUUUUUUGACUUGGGACUGUGAUAUUCCCAUGGAAAACGUCAGUAACAUUUCAUAUGAAAUCUUCUUGAAACUUGAAGAUUGGGAAUUUGUAAAAGAUGCACAUGUAUGCGGAGAAGAGAUAUCCCUGAGUCUGCUAGAUGAUGCCCCGAGUCCAGUUUGUGUCCAGUUGACACCAUAUUUAAAUUAUGAGAAAUGUCAAAAUGCUUCAAUUUGCCUGAAUCCAGGAAGAAAUCAGAUGGCAGCAAAUAUAGAAUGCAUUGUAUAUAAUGUAUCCUCUAUGAAAUGUACAUGGAGCUAUGGUAAAAAUCUACAAUAUAAAACUGAGCACAACCUUUCUUUAGAGCAAGACUCAACCAUCAUAAACUGCCAGCAAUACGUAAAUGAUCUGGAAAUGAGGACGGGCAGCUGCACAUUUCAUAAUUUAACUGUGCAUUAUUUUAAGGAAGUUACCAUCAUUUUGAAUUGGAAAGGUUCUGAAAAUCAUGUGUUAAAAGAUAUGUUCAAACUUGCAGAAAAAGAAAUUUUCAGUCCACCAAACAACCUCACAGUGGGAUAUUCUAAAGAAAAUGUUAUAUCGAGCUGGACACGUCCCCAUACACAGUAUGCCGUUUCUCAGUCAUGUUUUCAUUACCAAAUGGAAAACAACAAGAAGUUAAUGGAUGAUGUAAGCAGUCCAUUUUUCAUAUCACACUUGGACAAGGAAUGUUUGAUCCGAAUAAGAGCAAGAGGAGACCACACUUGUGGAAUGAAUACAAACUGGGGUCAGUGGAGUGGAGAGAUAUCAUGCGAUGUACCCCAAGAGCAAUCUGACAAAACUGACUUUAUAAUCCUGAUUAUAUUAUUGGGACUUUCUUGUCUAAUAAUCUUGCUUACAAUCAUUAUCAGCAUUCAGUACAAAAGGAUAUCCACGCUAUUCUUUCCUCGCAUUCCACAGCCAAAAAAUUACUUUGAUGAAACACAAAACUACAAAACAGAUACAAAAAUUGAUUUAAUGUCGCCUGUUCUUUCAACAUCUGAAACAGAAGAAUACAUAUGUCUUCAGGAGAAUAAUGCAUGAAAAAAGGAAACAAUAGAGCAAGGCUAAUUGUUUGACGGCUUUAUAAAGAGCACAUUCUCUAAAUGGAUUAUGCUUUGUAAGAAUUUAGAAAUGAGUAAAUAAGUAUUCUUUUUAUUGCAAUACCAUGUCCUUGGAAAUGUGGGCAAAACCACAAAGUGGUGAGGAGAAUGUUCAUGGAAGUUUACUUAUGCCUUUAUAAAAUGAAACAAAGCAUUGAUAUUUUCAUUUGAACAAAUUUGUGAUAUUUCAAUGUUAA